UUCGAACUCCCGUCAACGUGGACGCGAUCUCCUUCGAGGACAGUUUUUUCCCGCAGGCCGGUCUUUCAUUUCUUUUGAGAGGGAAAGGUGUGUGACUUUUUUUGAGUAGCAAGGUGUGCGUCGUGCGUGAAUUUGUGACAUUUUGUGCGUAGAUUGUAGUCACGGUGCGGGAUUUUCCGGGAAUUUUUCCUGGUGGGGUGCGGCGUCGUCGUUUUGAGGAGAGAGAGAGAGCGCGGGAUAAAGGUCGGCCCGUGAAAAGGUAAUUGAAAGUGAAGAAAAACAGGACGAAAUCCUUGGACGGUUCGUGGAAAAAAAUAAAACGAAGGAAAAGGAUUUCACGCCGAAGGAAAGUGUGAAAAUUGCUUCUUUUCGGUGGCGGGUGGUUGUUGGUUCGCUUCAAAGGAAGGUGCUGCCUUUGAGAGCUUUCGCCUCUCGGAAGAGGUUUUUCCAUUCUGAUUGGAGGUGAACUCGAGCGGAAAAGCGCUCUCGACUUGGGAAUGGAUGGUUAGCCCCUUUGGGUUGUGGUGUACUCCAAAAGGAAAAGAAUUUCGUGUGCAGUGAAAGCUGAAAUUACACCGGAAAGCCACGUAAAAUUGCCUGGCAAGUUACGUAAAUCGUCGGGCGAUUUACAUUCGUGGAGAAAGAACGCGCGAAAAACGAUCCGGAAAAGCCCUCACCACGACACGAGGACCAGCCAACGGAAAAAUAAUAUUACAGCAAGGAUUAAGUGAUUAAGCAAAGUGGUUACUUUAACCCCUGUGUGGUGUACACACCAACGGGGUUCAAUUCCGUGUUAACCGAUUGUUUCGUACAUUUUCCGGGGAGGAAACCCCCCAAAAAUAAGCAAGGCCCGUUAUUUGCAUUGACCGUUCAAGUGGUUUUCCACCCCAUUUUCCAACCCCUCCUAACAAAAAGAGAGUUAUUGCCCAUUUACAGCGCGUCUCGGCCAGACCCCAAUUUCCGAGUGUUUGUUUUUGAAGCAAAGCAAGAGUUAGUGUACGUGUGUGUGAGUGUUGAAAGAGGGGACGAAACGAAAAAUUUAAGGAUUUCGUGGCCGCUGGCAAUUGGGCAAGAUUUAUAAGAGGAGAGUGCGCCCACCCUUAAAAAAUAAUAAACCACAUCCCCAGGUCCCAACGCGGAAACCACGGAAGGAAAGCUUCGAGGAAAAAGCCCCGCAAGGAAAAACAGCGGCUGUUAAUCUUGCCGGUGGAAAUCACAACAAGCAGUGAGUUUGGAGAGAGGUGCGGGAGAAGAAAUGAAUAAAGUCUAACUUUUUGACUGAUCAAGAUAACGUGCGCCCGUCUUGACUGCCGCGAGAAGAGGCUCACAAAAGCUUGCUUUUGUGUGUGAGGAGUACAUAUAUUUUCACCGACGCCGGGAUUGUGUGGGCGUAUACGCUUAAUGUGAUUCGGUUCUGGAGGACGUAUCAGCUGAAAAUAAAGGUGAAUAACAAUCAGGGCUCAAUGGGUGACGAUGCGCGUCGAGGUACUGCGUGUGAGUGAUGAUGCUGCUGCUGCUUUCGAAGGAAACUGAGUCAUCAUCAUCCAGCCCGCCAUGAAGUCCUGCUGGUGCUGCUGACGAGAAUUCCGCGGUCCAACCCCCCUCCAAACCCCCGUCAAACCAUUCUCAACUGGUGCAAAACAUGAAAGUCGUCGUCGUCGUGCUGCACAAAAACUAUGCACAUCACCGUCCUCAUAAUCGCCUGCUCUCCUGCUGCUAGCGUGCAGUGACGCAACGGGAAGACUGGUUGGCAAACGAACGGCGGAGGCUGUGUGUGUGGGAAGACUGGCCGAAAUAAUGAUGAAAAAUUUAUAGAAAAAGUGUUGCAAGCGAAAAGUGUCGAGUGCUGUUCAUGAAUAAAUUCGCUCGACUUUUGCAGGGGGAGGCAAAAGGCAACAAAAACUUUGCGGUUUAGUGAAAGUCAGUGGGAAAAAAAAAGUUUGUGAUUUUUAGGUGGUUCUAGAGUUGAUUUUUUAGGUAGAAUAGUUGUUUUUCUUCGUGGAGUGUGCACGCGGAAAAUAGUGCAAAAAUUAUGAAAAAUUGAUCGAAUCGCGGCGCGAGUGGCAACAGAGAAAAUUCAAACAAAUCGAUUUUCCAACAAAGCUGGGGCUGAAAGUGUUAACGUGGAGUUUGCUCGAAAAAAAGGGAAAACGAGCGAAGAUAAAACAAAUCACGACCAUUAGUCGAAAGGAAAAUUCCAAAAAAAAGGGCGAGGGGGAGAUUGCGAGCUAGCGGAAAAUUGCCGAAGCAGUGAAAAUCAAAGCAAAUACGAGCUCGUAAAUUUUCCAACGACGUCGACUGAAAGAGAAAAAACUCAAACUCCUAAAGCCGGUGAAAUAUCGAUUUCGAUAAACAAAUCAUAACCUCAAACAGGCAGAGAAGUUCCGUUCCGUUCAGCUAGAAUGAGGUUAAAACGACGCGAGGAAACCGUCGUCGUCGAGGGGUCCACAGAAGCAGCCACAACGAUGGAAAAUGACGAAGCACUGACCAGGUUGCAGGUCAGCGGUCCGUCGGCGGAACUCAGCACAGAUGGCAGCCACUGUCACGGCAGUGUUGCCAAAAGUCGGGAAAUACGGCGGCGGCGGCGGCAGUCCCAUCUGCACCUGUUGACGUUUAUCACCGUGGCGCUGCUGACACAAUUGAUUGUAAAUAUUAGUAUAGGUGAAGCAGCCAGCCAGAUACUGAACAAAGCGGAGCCCCUCUUCAUCACCCGGUCCGAGGCGUUCAAGUUUGCCGUCGGUGACACCAUCACGCUGCCCUGCGAAGUGUCCUCGCCAGGUUCGUACGUGCUGGCGUGGAAGCGCGGAAUCGCGAUCCUGACCGCCGGCACGGUCAAGGUCACGCCGGAUACGCGGGUGCGGCUCGUCAACGGGUACACGCUGCAGAUCCUGGACGCGACGGCCGCGGAUGCCGGCGACUACAUCUGCCAGAUUGCGACGAUGAACCCGCGCGAGAUCACGCACCACGUGGAGAUUCUGGUGCCACCCAAGAUCACCCACGUGACGUCCGGUGGUCACCUGCAGGUGCGGAAGGGUUCGCCGGUGCGGCUCGAGUGUUCGGCCACCGGAAAUCCGAUGCCCAACAUCACGUGGACCCGGAAGAACAACCUGCUGCCCAACGGUGAGGAGCAGUUCACCUCCUCGGUGUACGUCAUCGAGAACAUGGACCGGCACAAGGGCGGCACGUACAUCUGUACGGCCAACAACGGCGUCGGCCAGGUGGCCACCAGCCAGAUCAUUCUGCACGUGCUGUAUCCACCAGAGAUAAGCGUCGAAAAUCCGAUAGUGUACUCUGGAGAGGGCCAGGAAGCGAUGCUGGUUUGCAUCGUACAUGGCGAGUCACAGCCGGAAAAGGUACUGUGGCACAAGGACACGAUGCAGAUCGACCAGACGGAGCGGCACGUGAUCGAGAGCCGCGGCGCCCGCCACACGCUCAUCAUCCGCAAGGUGCACCCGCAGGACUUUGGCAACUACAGCUGCAUCGCGGACAACCAGCUGGGCAAGACGCGGAAAACGGUCACGUUGACGGGCCGGCCCAAGGCGGCGGUCUUCCGGUCGAUGCCGAACAGCCAGUGGAAGGACCGGUACAACAUCUCGUGGAUCGCCGACUCGCACUCGCCGAUCGAGGAGUACAAGCUGUACUACCGGCUGGUGGACGGGGACAUCCUGCAGGGCCACGACGGCAUCUACAUGGACGGCCGGAAGUCGCACCACACGUACAUGGGCGGAAAUAUGCUCGACUACGACCGGAAGAUAACCUCGUUUGACUCGUACUCGUACGGCGGUGGCGUCGGAAGUGGCGGCCUCGGCCACAGCGGGUACAGCAGCCACAGCGUGCACGGCGUCGGCCACAAGUGGUCCAAGACGGACUGGCGGGACGUGGUGCUGCCGGCGUUUCCGUACUCCCACCACUACACCCAGGGCAUGAGCUACAUGCUGCGGGCGCUCGAGCCGGACCAGCAGUACGAGGCCCGGGUCCAGUCGAGAAACCGGUAUGGUUGGAGUGAUUUCUCCGAAAGCUUUCUGUUCACCACAUCAAACACAGACACCGAGAUCCGCGACCUGAGCGUCACGCACCGGGACUCGAACGCCAGCGGUCGAAGUCACCCCAGCUUGCUCACAACCUGCGUGCCAGCAGCCAUCGUCCUUCUUCUGGGAGCCAUGCUGCAAGUUAGGGGCACCGUUUUUUGAAGGUGACCGUUAGCCAUUUAAGCAGCAGUUAAAAAAACACACACACACAUUCAAACAAAUCAUGAAAGAAAGAAAGGGGAAAAAGUGGCGCCAUCUAUUGGGGAAACUUACAGCGCCACGAUUGCAUACAUGCAGGCGAAAUAGCAUCACAAACAGAGAAAUCGGUCCACUUUUUUUUUGUGAGAGCGACAAAAAAACGGAAGAAAAAGGUUAUUGCAGAUGUUUAUUGAAUUUCGUGUUUUUGUUUCUGGUUAAAUCAAUUACCAUGUGCAGCGAGGCAUCUGUUUUGUCGUUUGCCCAUUGAAUGGUGAUUAAAUUUUAAUUCGAUUUUCCUGCCCCAAACUUGUUCUGCUGCGGGGGGUGUUAUGUUUGUCCAUUCAGCGUGAGUCAACGAGCGUGGAUUGAUGAAAUUAAGCAAAAACAAAAAAAAAUGUGGGAAAGAGAGCGAAAGAGUAGUGAAAAUGAUAAAAAUGUAAUGAUGCAACCAAAAAGACUAUUUUUGAUAUGGAAAAAUUAAUUUAAAUAAAAACAGAGGAAAAACGCUGUAUGAAGUAUUAAUAAAUAAAGCAUAAAAUGAGCGAUAAGAGAGGCGAUAAAGUUAAUUUAUUUUUAAUUAAAUUUAAAUUGCCAAAAUGGGCGAGUCUUUCAGAGUUUUUAUUUUCCAUCGAGAUGGAAUUCCAUUUCGAGCAACAAAACAUAUUUUUUGCGCAAAAAAUAAAGUGAUUUCCCGGAUUUUGAUUAAAAUCGCAACCAAAAAAUUUCGCCUUUCUCCCUGGAAGUGGCUCGGACGGAAGUGACGCGUUUGUAAUUUUCAUUACGUGCGGGCUGGCUUUGUUUUCAUUUCCCUCCGUGUAGAGCACACCCAAUUCAAUAAAGCACCGCCAGUUAAUGGAAAAUACCACAUGAAAGAAAAGUGGGCCGGAAGGUGGCAGCACCACCGCGGUGGCCCAGGAGAUGCUCGACAAAAUUAAGUGCAAUUUGAAUAAAAUAAAAAUAGCUGGAAAAAAAAUCCCCCCCGAAAACAAUGGAUGAUGACAACAACAGGCACGCAGAGAAAAAAAAAGAAAUAAAUGGCUCGAUAAUUUAUUUUAAUUCAAUUUCCACUUCAUUUUCACGUCGGCGGCGGCGAAAUAAAAAUCGAAAAAUAAUCUGGACAAGAGCGAUGCGAUAAAAAUGGCCAGAACUCGGCGAUGAUGGUGAUGUAAUCUUCCCGUGGAUCAACCGUCGACAUAUUUUUUAAGGGGUGGAGAAAACUGGGUGGGGGAAUUGAUGAGCGAUUCAAU